AUGGGCAUCAUCCAGCUACUGCUCGAAAAAGGGGCCGACCCGAAUGGUGCUGAUGACGAUGGUGAUAUCUCACUGAUUUCAUGUUCUGUGUUCCAGCAGGUCGAGGUCACGCAGUUGCUCCUCAAACACGGUGCCCAAGUUGACGUAGCAAACAACGACGGAAAGAAGGCUAUCCAUGCGGCUGCCACGGAGUGCGAUCCGAGAAUGAUACGACUCCUCCUGGAAGCCGGGGCGGACCCCAAUAUUACAACCAAACCCAAAUUUUGGCCCCUACGGAGGGCCGUCCUAACUUCCAACAUGGAACUUCUGAAUCUUCUCCUCAGUCAUGGCGCAGACGUCAAUUUGUCGGAUAGCAAGGGCAGAAACAUUGUUCACUUCGCUUGCGCACAAUCUGAUGCCAACAUCCUCAAGAGGGUCGUAGAGGCCAGUCCCGAUGCUCUUCCGCAGCAGCAUGAUGACAAUGGAGGAACGCCCCUGCACGUCGCCGUGCAGAACGACAAUGAAGAGAUUACCCUAGCUCUGAUGGAACUUGGUGGUGCUAGUAAAAGGCAGCGGGCGGAGUAA